GACAGCCGGGGCUUGCACAAAGGUGUGGAUAUCGGAAGUGAACGAUAUACCAUCCACAUGUCCACUCACAACAUCGCGUACGGUAUCGUCGAUAUACACGCCGUCUCCGAGGUUCCUCUGCGUUGCCAAGCUCUGGACGAAACACGCUCGGUUGACCGUCUCUGGAAGUGUCAAGUCCAGUUUCCUCAGCUCGGUGCCACUAUCGCGGAGCGCGGCGAGCGCCAAUGAGCAGCCCCCCGCGGAGCCGAUAGACAACUUGCCGAUGGAAAAGCUCACUGUUUCGCCAUCUUGGUAGAAGAAACGUCCUUGCUCGUCAGCGACGCCUUGCUGGGAGUCCGACCGAUAUCCUGGGCCAACCAAAGGCCCAUCAUCAAACUGACCACCGAGAAGCUCAGGAAGUUUUGACUACGGCUUGGCCAUUGGUUUCGGCAGCUCUACGCAGUUUGAGACUGUGUGAUUCCCUACAAUCAAUAAACGUGCAAGGGACAGGUGGUCCAAUAACCUUAACAGAAGACUUGAGGAUAACGGCAAAUGGACGUAGAUGUCUCCAUGAUCUUCUCUAUACCCAGUUUGGCCGCUCAAAUAACAAUUAUACAGGCCUCUUCGAUUGCCGAAUGAUAUGCCGCUUCAUGAUACGCCGCUCUCCAACAUUAGAUAUGCCGCCGUGCCUAAUGAAUCUCCCCGCUCGCGGAUAAAAAGAUUUUGUCUUUACUGCUGAGGGACUAUAAUACUAUUAAACUUAUGAAUGAGAGAAGCAGUCGACCUCAAUUUACCAUCCAAGUAAAGCAUACUGUCUACAACGCCCCUCCAAUCAACAAUUCCAAC